AUGGGAUACGAUCAGCGUGACUACGAUUCUCGCGGCAGUGGCAGCGGAAGCUACAAUGGCUCGCGGUCGUCUGGCUAUGACGACUAUAGUCGUCGAGGAAGCUACGGGGGUGAGUCCAGCUCUCGUGACUACGGCUCGCAACGGGGAGGGCGCUAUACCUCAGGCAAUGGUGGCUACAACACCGGAUACGACUAUCGCAGUCAAGGUUCUACCUACAACGGUAACUACACGGAGCACGGGUAUGGUGAUCGUAGUGGAGGGAGACACAACGAUACUCGUGCCAGAGGCUACGAUGACCGAAGCUACAGCAAUGGCAGCCGUGAAACCAGAACUCAACGCUACGGCAAUGGUGAAGUCGACCGUUCUCGCCAGAACUACAACUACGAUACUCAAGCUUCGACUCGAAACUACAGCAAUCAAGACUAUGGCAGUGGAUCAAGACGGGGCAGCUACGACACGGCGUCUUCUGGAAGUGCAUCACGCCGAUACGAUCAAGGUCGUUCCAGCUCGCACGAAAGUCGUGGGUUCAACAACACUCAAAGUAGCAGAUACGAAGACCUAUCUCGCGGUGGCAGACGCUAUGAAGACAAUUCUCGAAGCAGUCAAAGCCAAAGUGAACGAGGUUACGGCGGUGACUCCAACACUCGUCCAAGUCGCGGCUACGGCAGUGGCCGUGGACGCGCAGAACAAGGUCAAGGUGUUGGAGAUGUUUGUGGGUGUGGCUACGAGAAGAUAGGCGAUGCAAUCAUGGACCCACGGAUUAAAGACCUGUGGACCGGCCGUGCUCCUCCGUUGAAGAUCAACCCGGACGAUCCCGACCUGCAGAAGGAGACGCAGAUCUGUCGACGUCCUGGAUUCGGUAAAGAUGGUAGAGUGAUGAAGAUGAACGCCAACUACUUUAGUAUCUCGCUGGAUAACGCUCCUGUUGAGGUGUUCAAAUAUCACGUCGACGUCGUGCGUUCACCUCCUCCCGAUCAGAGUAUGUCGCCCAUGAAGGGCGAGAAGCCACAGCCGCCACAACCUGUGCGGCUUCUGCCUCGAACACUGGUACGCAAAGUGAUCAACGCGGCUCUACAUCAGUACGAAGCCGAGUUCGGCGGCGUUCGUGUCGUGCAUGACGGCAUGUCGGCUCUGUUCUCGCCGCAGAAGUUCAAGUGGAACGCUAGAGACUUUCCUGACGUGAACCCGGACGGCUCAAGCUCUGAGCAGCAGAAAGGUGGAGGUUUUCAUCGUCGAGGACCACCUACAUUCGUUGUUAAGGUCAAGCUAGCCGAGACGAUUGCUCUUCGAAGUCUUGAGGAACACUACAGAAACCCGGACGAGAACGUGAUGCCCGUUCUCCAGGCGCUGGACGUGGUUGCGCGUCACCUUGGAGCUCAGCGUCUUGUCUCCGUUGGACGCAACUUCUUCGCUAUGAAGAAAACACACGAGCUCAAAGGAGGUAAAGAGUUAUGCUGGGGAUACCACCAAGCCAUUCGCGUGGCUGAGAAGACGCUGCUGAUGAAUAUCGACCAGGCUGCUACCGUGUUCUAUGAGCCUUGCGAGCUCAUGAAGCUGGCAAUUUCGGCUCUAAACGUUCGUUCUCCUGAAGACGUACACAAUCUCUCAGAGCGGGAUAUGCGGAACUUAGCGCGGGCUCUGCGUAAAGUUGAAGUGGCCCCAACGCACCGCAAAGACCGGAAGCGCGCCAUCUUCGGUGUCAGUCCUGAUCGCGCUGACCGGACUAUGGUGGACAUCAAGGGCGAGACGAUGAGUGUGGCUGAAUACUUCUACAAGAAGUACAAUGCACGACUCCGGUACCCGAAUCUGCCGCUCGUGAACGUGGGUAGUAAGAAAGCUGGAAGGGAGAACUGGUUACCCAUCGAGUUAUGCGAAGUGGCGCCAGGACAGCGCUGUCCGAAUAUCAACGACCUGGACACGGCGGAGAUUAUUCGCCAGACCAGCCAGCCCCCACACCAGCGUCGAGAGAACAUCCUCAGCCAGAUGCAUCAAGCUGGAUUCGAGAACGACCCGUACCUGGCUGCCUUUGGCUUGAAGGUCGACCAGCAACCGGAGACGACGGAGGUGCGGGUGCUCGACCCUCCUGAUGUCCAGUACGCGAAUGUUUCUGAGCGUCCAUCGGGUGGGCAGUGGAACUUGAGAGACAAAAAGUUCGUGAACGGCGCUGUACUACGUAACUGGGGUGUGGUUGUAGACGCCAACGUGAGUCCUCGAGAUGUGAACAACUUCAUUGGAAUCAUGGUGGAUACUGCGAGUAAAUGCGGGAUAUCAAUGGAGUGCCGAAGACCACUGGUGAUUGACCGCUCGAAUCAACGGGCAGAAGUGGAGGAUCUCAUGAAGUCCUGCUUCCGAGAGCUGGAGAACCGUGGCAACGGCACUCCUCAGCUCAUUAUGGUGAUUAAGCAAGACAAGGGCUCCGUCUCUUAUGGUCGCAUCAAGCGCAUGUCGGACACAGUGCUGGGGAUCCCAAGCCAAUGCAUCGUCGCUACAAAUCUGCGAAAAGCCAACCCGCAAGUGUGUGCGAAUGUGUGUUUGAAGAUAAACAUGAAGCUGAGUGGCAAGAACUCCGUGCUUCGGGAGCUUCUACCCCUGAUCAGUACGUGUCCUACGAUUGUGAUCGGCGCUGACGUCGAGCAUCCUCGCUCCGGAAUGGGUUCUCGACCUUCAAUUGCGUCUGUUGUCGCUUCGAUGGACGCAUACUCGGCCAAGUACAUUGGGCGUGUGGCUGCGCAAAAAGCAGCGAACGACAUUCAACAAUUGCCGCACAUGCUGCGCGAUCUCUUCCUGGCGUUCUACCGGAACACGGAUCGGCAACCCGAGCAUGUCAUCUACUAUCGAAAUGGAGUGAGCGAAGGGCGCUUCUAUGAUAUCCUGCAGACCGAAAUGCGAGCGCUACGUAAAACGUUCAAGAUGUUGUCGGACGACUACAAUCCACCGGUGACCUUCGUGGUUGUCAAUAAGCGCCACCACACGCGCACUUUCCCGAUUAAUACUCGAGACGGCGACCGCAAGGGCAACGUGGUGCCGGGUACGGUGCUCGACACGGAUGUCGUGAGUCCGCACAGGUUCGACUUCUUCUUGUAUGGACACAGCGGUAUCCAAGGCACCAGUGUUCCGUGCCACUACACGGUGCUGCAUGAUGAGAACAAGAUGACGGCCGACGAGCUGCAGAGACUCACGUAUCAUCUCGGAUACACGUUUGUGCGGUGCACUCGCUCGGUGUCGUUCGCGACUCCUGCUUACUACGCGCAUUUGGCUGCUGGACGCGCUCGGUUCUUCCUGUACGAAGGAUCAUCCGACACGGCGUCGAUGAGCACCAACUUUUCGAGUUCAUCCAGCUUCGAUUUCGCUGGCUUGCACAAGAACAUGCUGAAUUGCAUGUUCUACGUGUAA